AUGGAUCAGCGGGGUCCCCCGGAAUUCAUACUUGAGGCAUUUGCUGACCCCAGCUCGGUCCAUGAUGUCGUCCGUGGGAUCCUCCAGACGAUCUUCUUUCUUCGCUACUUCCCCACCGUCCUCCCGCAGACCCGCGACGUGCUCGGAAUCGAGCUAGCUUACGUCCCCGACGCCGAGAUCGAAACGCUCAUUGACCAGCGCGUGGCCGCGCUCGUGCGCCAGCUCGAAUCCGAGCGGCACCAAUCGCACAAUAUCACUUCUUCCGACAGCCGAGGUGGCCCGUCACGGCUAACAGGCACUGCCACGCCACCCUCAAGCUCCGGCGGCGGAGGCCGGGGCCAAAUAACGGUUCAAUUUCUCGAGAAGCGCCGGCGCAAGACCUGGUACGCCAUCCGUGGUGAUGACGAGGUCUGCUGGGAGAGCUGGACGGUCAAGGUGACCGUCGCCGAUCCUCGAACAGAAAGCGAACGCGCCAAAGUCCGCCGCGCCUCCGAAACAACCCUCCGCAACACGAUCCUCAACGCAGUCACCCUCGCCAACGCCCACAAAGACCACAUCCCACCCAUUAUGAAUUCCGAAUCGAAUCCCUUCCCCUACCAGAUCAACGUGGGCGGGCCAGGUGGUAGUGGCAGCCACCACCAGCAGCAAAAUGAGGCGGCAACGAACGCUGUGCCAGGGUUGGGAUUUGUGGCAAGGACGGGUGUCGGGGCCGCUACCCAGUGGGUGACGCGCAUGGGCAUCUACUAG